AAUUUAUUUACCUCGUUAACAUAAAUAUUCUUAUAAUGAAAUUCUCUUAAAAAUCACAAAGGUUCGAAAAUAGAGCCAAAUUUUAAAAUCACUCGCCUUUACAAAAUACACAAUCCAUAAGUGAGAAAAAAUGGGCCGCUUUUCCGGGAAAACCUGUCGACUCCUUACCAUGCUUGCCCUUACGGUAGGUUACUUUUUCGUGGAAAUUGUAGUAGGGUACGCGACAAACUCAAUGGCGCUCGUGGCAGAUUCCUUUCACAUGCUCUCCGACGUCCUGGCCCUCCUCAUAGCUUUCUUCUCUAUUCGCAUUUCCCGUCGGCGGACCAAGAAAAAUACUUUCGGGUGGGUUCGGGCCGAGGUAUUGGGUGCUCUCGUCAAUUCGGUAUUUUUGGUGGCCCUGUGCUUUUCUAUCCUGGUGGAGGCGAUUAAACGCUUGAUAGUAUUAGAAAAGAUUCACAACGUCAAACUACUAUUGGCUGUCGGUGGCAUAGGGCUUGUAGUCAACUUAAUAGGGAUGGGCUUGUUUCACGGGCAUUCCCAUGGCGGUGGGCACGGGCAUUCUCAUCCUGAGAGCGAUUCACACGAAGCCAAAGGCGGAAUUGUCGUGUCUAACGUAGAGGAGAACGAUCGAAUUGGCUCGAGAGAAAGAUUAGGCUCCUUCAAUCUAAGCGGGGCCAAAUACAUCGAAGCCGCGGCCGAAGACUAUGACGAGGAAUCGAUUACCGGAAACGAAACCGAACCAAAUAAAAUAAAACGACCAAAAUCCAAGCAAGACGAACUCUUGGAUGCCGAAGAGAUCGUGGACGAGGAGGAAAAACAAGAAUACAAACUGGAUAGUAAAUAUAGGAGAGUUGGAGAGGAACACACUGACGUUGAUGCCAAUAAAAAAGUCGGACUGGAAAAUGGGGUGCUAGGUAAAGACAAAGACCCUGCUCUGCUAAAACAAAACGCCAAAACAACGACCGUUUCUAUAAUUGCCAAACCUGACCACGUUCAUCCCUCGCGCCCAUCUGCUCACUCACAUGCCGGAUCGGCCCAUCAUUUAAAUAUGCGUGGCGUAUUCCUCCACGUGUUGGGCGACGCCCUCGGUUCCGUAGUCGUCAUAAUUAGCGCCCUUUCCAUUUACUAUUUCAAAGGCGAUUGGCGUUUUUACGUUGACCCUCUAAUGAGUCUUUUGCUGGUUAUGAUAAUACUUGCAACCACUCUUCCACUGCUGAGAGAAUCGGCACUCAUAUUGCUUCAAACGGCCCCGUCUCACAUUAGGGUGGAGGAGAUCAAGCAUAAGCUCAUCAAGGAGAUAGACGGAGUUCUAGCGGUCCACGAAUUUCAUGUGUGGAGGUUGGCGGGCACACAAAUUAUAGCCACUGCCCACAUAAGGUGCAAAAACCCCGGUGAAUACAUGAAAAUUGCUGGGAAGGUCAAAGAAUUUUUCCACAAGGAAGGUAUUCACAGCACCACAAUACAGCCAGAGUUCGUGGAAGCCGUCGGCGAAGAAGAAAAAUGUCUUCUGCUCUGCAACGGUGCCCUUGAUUGUGCUCCUAAAACUUGUUGCGGAAAGAAUGAAGCCCGAAUCGUGAACGAAGCAUUUAACAAUGGUCUUGACGAUGGAUCGUCAGUUUCUAUCUUGGUUCCUCGGCCCGUGAUGCCAAUCGCCAAACAUUGCGCACCUCCCGUUUACAAUCCUCCAAGGGAUAUCUCCAUAGACUUGGAUCGGAUAUUUAACUCACCUUCCAACAUCGUCGCCAAUAACGAAAAGCUAUCUACCACUAAUAAUCACAAAAAUCACGUUGAUAAAGCAAAAAAUAGUGAAAGUGGUAUAAACGGUCACUCUCGCAAUAAACCACCAUCCCCUGAUAGUAAAGUUUAGCCGGUAAAGGAACUUAAAUUUCAGUAUAUUCGCGCUAUUUUUUUUUCAACCAAUCGUAUUGUUCCUUCUUUUUUUACAUAACAGGAUCACGUUUUUUUAUAACUUAUCAUAUUUUCUUUACAUAUACUCAUUCUACAUUUUAUAUGACAUUUUUUUUUGUAAAAUAAUUUAGCAAAUAAACUAACAUUUCUAAAUUAUUAUCGAGUCCUAACGCGUCAUUUUUUUAUAAAUAUAUACUUAAUUAUUUUAGUCCUUUUUUCGCGGCAUUUUUCCCAUUUACUUUCGUAUUUCUUCAUUUCGCUUCUAAACUUAAAUUUUGAAUCAUUCGAUCUGCAUUAAAUUUCUGACGAAAAACUAAAAUAUAAAA